AAAUCAAAGCCAAAACUAGUAAAUUUUAACAAAGAUUCUGAUUUCAUAACAGCUAACGAGUCUGAUAAAAACGCGGGGUAAAAAUGAACAAAAAUCUUUCACUACUGCGCCAACUGGCAAAUGAAAUUCGCAAAACGUCAUCUGAAAAGAAUAUCGGGAAUAAUGUAAUGAUGCGCUACAUUGUUGAACAAAGUUCAGCUCAUAAGGAAACAUCGGAAACGUUGUGUAAGGCUAGAGAAGAAUUGUACAAUUUGGCUCAUAACUAUUUAUGCUACCUCCAGUCUAUUAGAAAAUAUCAAGAAAUACACAAGUUCUAUAGUGGAAAAGGGGAACGCAGUACGAAAGAAACAGCAAAGCUUGUUGGAUUUAAGUUGCCACAUGACCCUCGAUAACAUAGUUAUUACACAAUUGAAAGAAGCUUAGAAUUGUUUAUAAAAUAUUAGAUGUAGAUGAAUAAAUAUUGUGAAGUUAAACACGAUUUCUAUUUAUAAUUUAUCAUCCUGAAAUUAUAUUUACUAUUAGUUAGUUUAUUGACCUUCAGUUUAACAUUAAAUAUA